AGCGCGUCCGGCGACCCAGUCCGGUCUCCAGCUCCCGCUCCGUCGCUCGCUCUCCCGCCCGCCCGCCCGCCCCGCCGCCGCGCUGCACGCCUCGAGCGCUCCCUCGGCCCCGGCGGGGACCGGGGACCCCGCCGCCGCCGCCGCCAUGCUGCCGGUGCUCUACACCGGCCUGGCGGGGCUGCUGCUGCUGCCUCUGCUGCUCACCUGCUGCUGCCCCUACCUCCUCCAGGACUUGCGGUACUUCCUGCGGGUGGCCAACCUGGCCCGGCAGACGCGCAGCUACCGGCAGCGGCGGCCGGUGCGCACGCUCCUGCGGGUCUUCCUGGAGCGGGCGCGCCAGACCCCGCACAAGCCCUUUCUGCUGUUCCGCGACGAGACGCUCACCUACGCCCAGGUGGACCGGCGCAGCAGCCAAGUAGCGCGGGCGCUGCACGACCAGCUGGGCCUGCAACAGGGGGAUUGCGUGGCCCUCUUCAUGGGCAACGAACCGGCCUACGUGUGGCUCUGGCUGGGGCUGCUCAAGCUGGGCUGUCCCUUGGCGUGCCUCAACUACAACAUCCGUGGCAAGUCCCUGCUGCACUGCUUCCAGUGCUGCGGGGCGAAGGUGCUGCUGGCCUCCCCAGAGCUACAAGACGCGAUUGAGGAAGUCCUGCCAACCCUGAAAAAGGAAGGUGUGUCCGUCUUGUACGUAAGCAGAACGUCUAACACAGAAGGUGUGGACACACUGCUGGACAAAGUGGACGGGGUGUCGGCGGAACCCAUCCCGGAGUCGUGGAGGUCGGAGGUCACUUUCGCCACACCUGCGCUGUACAUUUAUACUUCGGGUACCACAGGUCUUCCAAAAGCUGCCACCAUCAAUCACCAUCGCCUGUGGUACGGAACUGGCCUGAUGGUGGCAAGCGGGGUUAAGGCCCACGAUGUCAUCUACACCACCAUGCCCCUGUACCACAGUGCAGCGCUCAUGGUUGGCCUGCACGGAUGCAUUGUGACCGGGGCUACUUUCGCUCUGCGAAGCAAAUUUUCAGCCAGCCAGUUUUGGGAUGACUGCAGGAAAUACAAUGCCACUGUCAUUCAGUACAUUGGUGAACUGCUCCGGUACCUUUGCAACACACCCCAGAAACCAAAUGACCGUGACCACAAAGUGAAGAUAGCGCUGGGAAAUGGCCUACGGGGAGAUGUGUGGAGAGAGUUUAUCAGGAGAUUUGGGGACAUUAAUGUUUAUGAGUUCUACGCUGCCACGGAAGGCAAUAUUGGAUUUCUGAAUUAUCCGAGAAAAAUUGGUGCUGUCGGAAGAGCAAACUAUCUACAAAGAAAAAUUGUAAGAUAUGAGCUGAUUAAGUAUGACGUGGAGAAGGAUGAGCCCGUCCGUGACGCAAAUGGAUAUUGCAUCAAAGUCCCCAAAGGUGAGGUUGGACUCUUGGUCUGCAAAAUCACACAGCUCUCACCAUUUAGUGGCUACGCUGGAGGGAAGGCUCAGACGGAAAAGAAAAAGCUCAGAGAUGUCUUCAAGAAAGGAGACCUCUAUUUCAACAGCGGGGAUCUCCUGAUGAUCGAUCGGGAAAACUUCAUCUAUUUUCACGACAGAGUUGGAGAUACGUUCCGGUGGAAAGGAGAGAACGUAGCUACCACGGAAGUUGCUGACAUAGUAGGGCUGGUCGACUUUGUUGAGGAAGUCAACGUCUAUGGAGUGCCCGUGCCAGGUCAUGAGGGUCGAAUUGGGAUGGCCUCCAUCAAGAUGAAAGAAAAUCAUGAAUUCAAUGGAAAGAAACUCUUUAAACACAUCUCGGAGUACCUGCCAAGCUACGCAAGGCCUCGGUUCCUGAGAAUACAAGAUUCCAUAGAGAUCACUGGGACUUUUAAACACCGAAAGGUGAUCCUGAUGGAGGAGGGCUUUAAUCCCACAGUCAUCAAAGAUGCCUUGUAUUUCAUGGAUGACGCAGCAAAAACCUAUGUGCCCAUGACUGAGGACAUUUAUAAUGCCAUAAGUGCGAAAACCCUGAAGCUCUGAAUAUUGCCAGGUGGCUAGCGUAUACCAUUUCCAGAAAGAAACUCAAUAGACCUAGCAUAGCCACUUCAUGUAAUCCAACUUUAAUUGGAUUGAAGAUUAUAAAAUGCGAAUUUUUUUUAGAAAGUUAUCCAUUAAAACGACAGUUUGUUUUGUUUUUUUAAAUUACAUCUGAACCUUUGCAAGUAAGAAGAUUUACAGACAAUUAUUUUUCAAUGUGUGCCUGCCAUUUGUCUUUGCAAGCCAAGCUUCCUGGAAAGAGGGCCUUAUUUUUUUAAAUACAUAAUAAACUAUAUGAAUACUAAUGUA